GCGAGCUGCCCGUGCUACACGAUUUUCCCGACCGUGCCGCGUGAACUGACAGUGUGUGAACUUUGGUGAUCGAGUGCUCGUCUGUCCGAUCUGAUCUUCCAGCUCCGAAAAGUGGUUAGCCUGUCGGACAAUUCUGCCAGCGAGGAUCGUGUCGGCGGUGGGAUCUCUCUGGGCAACAGGGUGAUGUGUCGAGUGCGGUGACGGCGCAGACCGGUCGCCGUCGAGCUGGGCGCGAGCGAGGUGUUGCGCGCGCGUGCGCUGGAUGCGGUAGGGGGUGGCGCAGGCGCUGGGGCGGCGGGCCCGCGCGGCGCCCUGGCGAUGACGGUGCAGCGCGACGAGCGCGACGCGCGCGCGCCGCGGACCAGGUUCAUGAUCACGGACAUCCUCGAUGCCGCGCCGCGGGACCUUAGCGCGCACAGGGACUCCGACUCGGAUCGGUCAGCUACUGAUUCCCCAGGUGUUAAAGAUGAUUCAGACGACGUAUCAAGUAAGAGUUGCGGUGGUGACGCGUCAGGUCUGGCCAAGAAGCAGCGGAAGGCGCGCACGGCGUUCACCGACCACCAGCUGCAGACGCUGGAAAAGUCCUUCGAAAGGCAGAAAUACCUCAGCGUGCAGGACCGAAUGGAGCUUGCUGCUAAAUUAGGUCUCACCGACACACAAGUCAAGACCUGGUAUCAGAAUAGACGGACAAAAUGGAAGCGACAGACGGCGGUGGGUUUAGAGCUGCUAGCGGAGGCAGGAAAUUAUGCGGCGUUCCAGCGGCUAUACGGUGGAUACUGGGCGGGUGUGCCGGCGUAUCCAGCGCACGCUGCACAGCCUGCGCCUGCCGCAGCCGCUGACCUGUACUAUAGGCAGGCCGCUGCGACCGCCGCAGCCGCAGCCUCCGCCACAGCAAACACGCUGCAGAAGCCGCUACCCUACAGGUUAUACCCUGGUGCGCCUCUUGGUGGUGUACCGCCUCUGGGUCUUGGUUUACCAGGACCUUCGGCUCAUCUGGGCUCUCUGGGGGCGCCGGGGCUAGGUGCUCUGGGUUACUACGCGCAGGCCCGACGCUCGCCCUCCCCCGACCUGGACCCCGGUAGCCCUGCGCCCCCGCCGCGCUCACCACGAGAACCUUCAUUGGAGAGACGCUCCGAUGAUGAAGAUGAUGAUGAACCUAUUCACGUCUAAUACCAGUGAAUACAGACUUAGAAAUCUCAAGUUAAUAAAUGUUUAAAAAUGGAAAUGAUUGUGAUAUAGACACGAAUAAUAAUGUAAAGUGAAAUAAAGUGAAUGGAUAAUGGAACAAGGAUUUCCUUGUUAUAUUCGUGGUUCGGUAAAAUAUGUGAACUGGUUAUGGUUUAUAGAGACACACAUGUUGCAUUUGCACUGAAAAUUUCGAAACGCGCAAAACGUAUUUGAAAUGAUUCCUCAUGGUCACUACGUCACGUCACCCAGAUUGUGAAGUGUGGACGCAGGUCCAUUAUUAUGUGAUAUUAUAAGCCGAGACUCGUAUUAAGUAGACGUAAGUAAUGUGUAAUAUAAAUAUAAUAAAAUUGAUGUCGUGUAACUAUUAAAAUAACGCUUUGUAGACUUCGUGCGACACAACAAAUUACUUUCAUCAUUGAAAAAAAAUCGCGCAAUGUUUUACUAAAGAAAAUUAACUGGUUUUUAGAAUAUAUAUAAUUAAUAAGC